CGACAAGAGUCCGCAAAGCCGAGCGCAAACCACUUUACAGGCAAGCGGUCGCGCGGUGGCAGCUCAAGCCGAGCGGCCAGGACCAGCAGGGAACGGUCGGACAAGCAUGCCUCACGUUCCGCCGAGCUGGCUCGGUGCCUUGGGCUUCGUGGCGUCCAGCAGCGCAGACAGCUCGAGCGAGAGGACGCAUAGACGGCAAACAUCUCAAGCAUCUGCAGGGUCCAUGGAAGGUAACGAUAGAGUCGAAAAGCGAGCGUCCCCGGCCGCGAAAGCAGGAACAUCAGCUCCAUCCCUCCUUCGUUCCCUCUCUUCUCACAGCAGUCGAGGCUACGCUGCUCCAACUCUGGGACUGAACAGGCAUGGCCUCGUUACCACGAGCGUUGGCUCUCCUGGUACUUCCACGAGCGCUGUAGGGCCGUCAAACGCUUCACCCGAGAUACCAUCUGCCGCUCACACGGCCAUAUCUGCCAGACAAUUCGGAAGCUUGGCCCGCAGUGGCUCACCAGCCCACGAUGAAUCGAGAGGUGCAUGGAGCGGAGAGGCAGCAGUCAGGCGAUUCUCAGCAAACGCAAAUCAAACAUACCUGGACGACGUGGAAGACGUGCCCUCCUUCUGGGACUUUGAGUUGAGCAGUGAUGCUGAUCACACAGCCGGCGUAAAUCCUCAGCAGGCAUCGACAACGCAUGGCAAGGAGCAGACAGGAUUUGUUGGCGCCAUGUCGAGGUUACGAACCGCUAUGGGCUUGCAACCUCCGGGCACCAAUGAUUGGUGGACCUCACAUCGAGUCACCCUGGAAAAUGCGCUGGCAAAGGCGUCGGAAGCAGCUCAAUCCACGUCCUCCGGGAUGAUGACGGCGGCAAAGAAAGGAGAGGAGGAGACUGCAAAGACCGGCAAAGCUGCACGGGACACGUACGACUCUGAUGCGGUGGAGAUCACGCCGCUGCGAGAGCAAAAGACUUGGGAGAUACCCAAACAUCCCAUCGUGCUAGCACAUGGCUUGUUCGGUUUCUCUUCGUUGGCUUUGGGACCCGUCACCAUCAACUAUUGGCGAGGCAUCUCGGAAAUGCUGCAGAAGAGAGGCACCGAAUUCAUCGUGGCUCGUGUACCAGCAAGCGCGACGAUUGAAGAGAGGGCAGAAGCGUUGAGGGACAUCAUAGAGAAGGAGUUUCCCAAUCGCGACAUUUCACUCAUUGGACAUAGCAUGGGAGGACUGGAUUGUCGAUACUUGAUCUCGAGGUUGGAGAACAAGUCGUUUCGAGUGAGAUCUCUGACUACCAUUGCUACGCCACAUCGAGGCUCUAGCUUUGCAGACUUCAUAAUACAGCAAGUGAUUGGCGAAGAGAAUAUGCCGCGAGCACUCGCCCUCGUCAAGGCUCUUUCCAUUCCUGGAGGUGGAGGAGCUUUCAAACAGCUGCAGCUAGGUCCCAUGCAGAAAUUCAACGAAGCGACACCCAACGUGGACGGCGUCAAAUAUUUCUCUUACGGAGCAGCCUUCCAGCCUGGCAUGUUUAGCGAAUGGCGCGUGCCCUUUGGGAUAAUCUACGAGCAAGAGGGAGCCAAUGAUGGCCUGGUCAGCGUCAAGAGCUCCAAGUGGGGCGAAUACGCAGGCACGCUCGGGGCCAACCACUUGGAACUCAUUGGCUGGGUCAACGCCGUCAAGUCGCAGUGGCAGCGCAUGACUGGUGGAGAAGAACCUUUUGACCCAAACAGGCUCUAUCUACAAAUCUGCGACGACCUCGCUCGGGAAGGCUUCUGAUCCAUUUAGGGCGCAUGUGACCACCGCCGCUCGUCGGACGAAGCAGAUGUCACACAAAGGCAUGCCUGAAGUCCCCUAGAGCUGAAGCAGAGCAUCCAGCCAGACAGAUGUCUCGAAGCCGGGGCAGUCCAACAUUCUUCGUCACAUUCGGCCACUCGUGGGAUGAACGCCCUCCUGUGCGCGCUCUGCUACCCAACGUUUGUCGAAGCUGGCUUUGUCCGCCUGCCUGAAGUCGUCAUCUUCAUCCAGGCAUUUGACGACUAUGGAUCUUUUCUCGGAGAUUGAGCCUGUUGGGGCCGCAAUUGGCUCUGUUCGGGUAUCCUGCAAUAGUUUGACAAGAUGCA